CGCGCGUCUUUCGAAGGCUUCCUAGGAACCAAUAAGCGGCUGGAGACUGAACCCGAGCACCCGAAGGAGAAGUAAGAAAUGAAGAGACGUUCUGAUUGGUUGCUAGAAGAUGCUUCGCCCCACCCUCAAUUAGGAUGCACCAAUUAGUUGAGAGGAGGGGCGAGCUCCGCACGGGGCUACAGCCGCUACCGCGGCCUGGACGGCAGCCGUAGCGUGAACUCAGCCACUGGAGGCAACGCCGCCGCUAGGGUGUUGGUGUUCGGCAGCCAGUGAUGAAGCCGCCUAUUUCAAUACAAGCAAGUGAAUUUGACUCCUCAGAUGAAGAGCCUGGUGAAGACGAACAGACUCCAAUUCAGAUUUCUUGGCUACCUCUAUCACAAAUAAAUUGUUCUCAGUUUCUCGGUUUAUGUGCUCUUCCAGGUUGUAAAUUUAAAGAUGUUAGAAGAAAUGUUCACAAAGACACAGACGAACUAAGGAGCUAUGGUAUACAGGACAUAUUUGUUUUCUGCACCAGAGGGGAACUGUCAAAAUAUAGAGUCCCAAACCUUUUGGACCUCUACCAGCAGCAUGGAAUUAUCACUCAUCACCAUCCCAUCCCAGAUGGAGGAACACCUGACAUAGACAGGUGCUGGGAAAUAAUGGAGGAGCUCGCAAUCUGCCUCAAAAACAACCGCAAAACCUUACUACACUGUUAUGGAGGCCUUGGGAGAUCCUGUCUUGUAGCCGCUUGUCUCCUCUUGUACCUGUCUGACACAGUCUCACCACAGCAAGCCAUAGACAGCCUUCGAGAUGUAAGAGGAUCUGGGGCGAUCCAGACCAUUAAAGUAAGGAGCUCAGCAGUUCUGUCUGCUUGGUGGGAUGCAUAAGAGACAGCCAGGGCCACCACAAUGAAAAUCCACAUGCUUAUUUCACACACACCUAUUUUUUUCAUUUACAUUUAAACAGAACUCACAAGUAUGCAAAAGCCAAAAGCCCACAGUAUUUAAAGCAAAACAAUGAGAAAUUUUAAACUUCUCACCUUCCAGGAUCUACUACUGCUCAGUUUUUGUCCCUUGUCUGUUCUGGGAAUGGAUCCUCUCAAUUGGAAUGGGAUGGAUGUUUGCUAUAAACUUGGUACUACUUUCUUGGGUAGAUGCUUUUUCAGAAAGAUCUAAAUAAGAUCCUACUAGGCCACUGAAUCACUUAACAAAGAUGAAUUCAUGGUAUAUAUUAUAUGUUAUAUACUUUUUUCAUGUAAAGCAGUACUCAUUACCUUUUUGCUGUGGAUAACUAAAAUGGCAUCUUUCACAUAGGGACAAAGAACCUUUUUCCUUUUUUUCUGCCAAGGGCCAUUUGGAUAUGUAUAUGCUCAUUAUAGGCCCUACAGAAUGAUCAGUACAGGCAGAUAACCAGGCAGCCAAUAGGAUAUGCGUGUCCCACAAUGUGCCCAGUGAUUUCACUAGCUCACAAAGAUGACUCAUGCAAACACUUAUACAGCACAGAGCAGUGCCACACAUGUUAUUGUACACUAUGUUACCAACACAGUAUUGCAGUUUCACUUUAUUUCUAGAUCUAUAGACCUAGUGUGCCUUCCUUCCCCAAACACCCUGUCCAGCUUUCCACUAGAUCACACAGAAAAGUGGGUGUUAAAAGAAUCUUAGCCUUGAGGCAGAGAUGAUCUUAAAAACCCAUCUGUCCAGUGAAUCAUUACAAUGAUCAAGCAAUAUGAUCCUCAAGGCUAUUUAAGUCAGGUCAUAAACAAAACAUUCCAUAUAAGAGCCACUUUCAAUGUACAGUUUUAAAAAGGAUAAAUUCCUUUAUUAUGUUAAAAUCAAAUGAUGCUUCCAAUUUGUCUUUGAAAUGCACAAAUACAUGAAUGAAUACAUGUUUUAUAUGGUUAAUACUGGAAAAAAAUGAAGCCUGCACUAGUAUGGGCUGCAGCGCAUUACCCUGGGCAUUGCACAGCCAACAGGCUUUAACCUACUGCUAAUAUAGCUUAGCAGUACAUGACCUGCACCAGGAUUGGUAUG